AGGAAAGAUCAAGCCACAUAGGUGUAGAUCAGAGAGCUGCGAUUCCUGAGUGGCUGAGGCAGCCAUGAGUAGUCGAGAGGUGGUCGUUCUGAGUGUGGGAGGUGUGAGGUUUGUAACCCGGGCUUCCACCUUGCAGCAGUUCCCUGAGUCCAGGCUGGCACGGAUGGUGAAUGACGAUGACCGGGAAUUUAAACUGGUGAAUGGAGAGUUUUUUGUGGACAGAGAUGGAGCUUUGUUUAGUUACAUCAUGGACUUCUUGAGGACUCUCCAGGUGUCCUUACCACCUGAUUUCUCAGACUAUCAGAAGCUGCAGAGAGAAGCAGAAUUCUAUGGUCUCUACCCCCUGGCCAACCUCCUGAGCCAAGAACAUUUGCUGAAGCCGAGGCUGGAGAUCUUGGAAGUGCGUUUUUCUCUCCAAGAAAUGCAGGCCUUUUUCCGGAUCUUUGGUUCCUGCAGUACCACCAUUGAGGCACUAGCUGAGCAGAUCACUGUGUUUACAGGGCAGCAGUCAGGACAGGGCUGGAACAGCCCUUUUCCUUCCCAGAAACCACUUGUUCCACUUCCUUUGGAAAGACCCUCUCAUCACGAUAUUGUUUUUCUGUGUGGCACUGAGUAUUCUGCUGGUGACCAGUUCGUGGCCAGGUAUGUUUCCAUAAAGCCUGAUAAGAGAAAGCUGAUUAAUGGUACUAAUGUGCUAGGCCUGCUGCUUGACUCUUUACUCAAAGAUGGAUUUCGCCUCAUAAGCACCAGGACAGUCGCCAGUGAAGAGAAGGUUGAAUGCUACACUUUUGAAAGGAUGAAGAGGGCAGCAGGCCUUGCCAUCAUGCUGAACCAAACCCCAGGGAGCUCUGGCGUAGCUCAGGCAAGGAGAGGCCAAGUACAGAAAGGGAAAUAAGGGCUUUUCCUUCCAUCUUUUGAAUGUAGAAGAGGAAUGUGUCAGCACUACUGGCCUUUUUUGUUGUUGUUGUUUUGUCUUGUUUGAAACUGCAGCUAUUGAGGGAAGUAACAAACACAUUUUCUUUCAAGUAUUUAGGGGAAAAAAUUACUUUCUUGCCUUUUACUGCUCUACCCUCUUUAAGUAAGAGAAGCCCAGAUUCAAUACUGGGUUUGUGGACCAGAUUUCAGCAAUUCCAAGAGUUGUUUUUGUUUUUUCUCUGUGGCUAAAAUUUACACGAGGAGUCACAAAACAUCAGCUAUCCCUUCCAGAAAAUUGUUUUUAUGUUCUGUGCUAAUCUGCAAGUAGGUUUUAAAAACACGGUAAUACAUGAAGAUGCUGCAACUGUCAUCCCAACAGUUAGGAGAAGUGGCUGGGGGAGGAAUGCAAACCCCAAUGACUGAUUAGUGCUUCCACUCACUGACUCUUGCAGUUGGCUGGGAGCAGUGUAAGGGGAACAUCCCAAGCUGUGCUGCUCUGUGGCUUUGUGAAAGCCAUCGCUGAGGUCUGUGAAAUAAUGUAUGACUGUCUCUUGUCCUCUCCUCACACUCUGGUGGCAUUGAGAUGCUCUUUGGUUCUGAGAAUUAAAUUAUAAAGAUCUUUGUGAA